AUGCCUCAAGCUCAGCCCGAGCUCAAGAAGUACCUUGACAAGCGCCUCUUCGUCCAGUUGAACGGCAGCCGCAAGGUCAUCGGCGUGCUCCGCGGUUACGAUGUCUUCCUGAACAUUGUUCUCGACGAGGCCGUCGAGGAGAAGGCCGGCGGCGAGAAGGUCCGCCUUGGAAUGGUCGUCAUCCGCGGCAACUCCGUCGUCAUGCUCGAGGCUCUUGAGCGCAUCGGUGGCGACGACAGGCGGUAG